CAACAUGGCUGCGCUGCCAGCCCGUCGUUGCGGGGUGAGGGUGCGCCUGCGCACUGCUGUGUUGGGCGUGUGGAGGCGGUGCAGUGAGAGCGAGGUCUAGUUGUACUCGGUUUAGAGGGCAUAAUGUUGCAGUUCCUGGUAGGAUUUACUUUUGGAAACCUAGUGGGAAUGUAUCUGGCCCAAAAUUAUCAGAUUCCAAAUAUCUAUAAGAAGUUUGAAGAAUUCAAGAAGGAUGCGGAAGACCGAAAAAAGCCACCAAGAGAUUGAUUCUGAGGUGUUGAGCCCAUGGAUAAGUUUGGGAUAUUAGCAUUCAGUUGCAAGCAUAAAUUUACUGGAUGCAUUAAGUACCGAAAUUGGCACCAUUCCAGUUCUAUUUAUUUAGCACUUAUUAAGCAGUCAGUUUCACUAGUUCAGAGUGACCUGUAUUUGUAUCACCCAUGAUGUAUUGCUUUACCCACAUUUGGUCCAGUUGGGAUUUGAUACUGCUUGUACUCAUGUAAUGGGUUUUCAAUUUUAGUUCAUGUUUGUUGAAAAGCCAGUGAUGACAGCAUAAAAUCUAUGUUGACUCUGAUGUGCUGUUCUUUGUAUUAUGAGAGCAGUGUAUUAUAAUUCAUAUAUUCUUAAUAUCAAAUAUAGAGCCACUGGCAUUGUAAUAAAGUGUGCCUCAGCAUUGUUCUUUUUGUUAUUUUCCCAAACAUGAAAGGUAAUGAGUGCUUGUUUGUAUGUGUGAUAAAUGGAAAAUUCCAUCAGUAGUUGGGAAACACAGUAUUCAAAUUAGCCAAGUACUAUAAAAAAGGCAAAGAAUAAUUCAGUGCUCCUUCGGGUACCCUGAGGAAACACUCAAUGUGACAGCACCAAAUGUUGUAUCAUUCUUCGGGUUCUAAGUCUGUUUUGGAGAACCACAAAAGAAAUCAAGGCUCAAACUGCAUCAGGGACUAAUUAAUGGUGAUGAACUGUAUCUGUAAUGGGCAGUGUUACACUGGCACCUAGACUGGUAAGCCCAUUAAAAUCUUGAGCUAAUCUUCUGAGUCAACAUUUCCUGAUAUAUGUAAAUGAGUACAAUCUCAAGGAAGUGUGUUACAGGAUUUACCCUAGUUAAAUUAUUCUAUUAACUUAAAUAUAAAUGUUAACUGUACAUGACCAAUCUAGCUAAGGACCAACUCUAACCCAAAUGUCUAAAUUUUCUUGAAAAAAUAAAUUUCACCAAAGCAGUAAGCAUUCUAAAGUCAGCUGAGGAUCGAUGUUUCGUUGCAGUAUGUCUGUUAGACAAACAAUUCUAUUGAUAAGAUCUAUCUCAAAGAGGAAAAUGCAACGUGUGUGUUAUGUGUUAAGGAGUACAUGGCUAUUUCUGUGGGUAUGUGAUUGUGCCGAGUGUUGGGAUUGUAUUAUUCCAAGAUGGUAUCAAAAUUCUUUCUGAUACUUUUAAUAAUGAGAUAAUGACCCUCAUUCACAAUCACCUGAGUAACAGUUUCGAUGGCUUCAUUUGCAAGUGCCUACAGCCUUAUUAAAAUUGUGCAAAUCCAUUUUAUUAUAUUUAUCUUUUUUUUCCAAAUCUUUUCUGGAAAAAGUCAAAAAAUUGACUUUCUAUGUGAUGGCCAAAUGGUGGCCUCCUGUACAGUAAUAACUCAAUAAAUAUAUAACUGGU